GUCGGAUGUUGAAUGUGCCUCCGCGGCCACCGUACUUCUCUGUAUGGGAAACACUGUUUACAAGUCGUGCUAAGCGCUAAAGCUAGGAGAAGAAAUGGCUGAAUAUUCAAAUGUAAAAUCGACCAAACUGGUUUUAAAGGGCCUCAACAAAGGGAAAAAGAAGAAGCACAAAGAUAAGAAGCGGAAAUCUGCAAAUGAUGAUGAAAAACCUGACGUUGUCGGAGGUUGGUGGUGUGUCAGUAAUUUUGGCGAAAUUACGGGAACAGUUGCCAUAGAGAUGCAGAACAACUCGUACAUCCAUGCACUCGAUACUGGGCUCUUCACAGUUGGUGCACCUCACAAAGAUGACGAAGGACCAGACCCUCCCGAGCAGUUCACAGCCAUCAAGCUCUCAGACUCACGAGUGGCCUUGAAGUCUGGAUAUGGAAAGUACCUGGGUAUUAACUCUGAGGGUUUAGUGAUGGGGCGCUCCGACGCUAUCGGCUCAAGGGAGCAGUGGGAACCGGUCUUCCAGGAAGGCAAAAUGGCUCUCCUCGCAGCAAAUAGCUGUUUCAUCUCCUACAGUGACAGUGGGGACAUCGUGGCCAAGAGCAAGACAGCGGGGGACGACGAGAUGGUGAAGAUCCGGACCAGCGCCGAGCGCGAGGUCAAGCAUAAAGAUGACAUUGCAGACGAGGACAGGGGCAACGUGAAAUCCUGCGAGAUCAAUUAUGUGAAGAAGUUUCAGAGCUUUCAAGACCGGCGUCUCAGGAUUAACGAAGAAGAGACCUCCACGCUGAAGAAAGCCAGGGUGGACGGAAAAUUUCACGAAACUUUGCUCGACAGACGAAGCAAAAUGAAAGCGGACAGGUACUGCAAAUGAAGACUUUCUGGAGUGCAGCCGUGUCUUUAUCAAUGUCUUGAUUUUACAGAUUUAGUCAUUUGUUGUGGCAUUUUAUUCUUAUUUUUUUUUUCUAUUUUUAAUAAAUGUUUCAUGAUCAAA